CCGAGUCCCGCAGACGCACAGACACUCCACCGCUGGAAAGAAAAUCGGAUAAAAUUUCACUUCUCCCCCUCAGAAAAUCAUUGGAUGUUAUUUCCCUGUCAUUCAAGACCGCUAUCGGGGAAGGAUAGGAUUCGUCAGGACCAUGCUCUCCAUGAGUUACACGGACCCUUGGCCGGAGGGCUCUGUGGGCCUGGAGGAGGAGGUGGUGACGGCCGCAGCCCAGGCCGAGCAUUUGGACACCUCCACAUCGCUCCAGUGCAAUGCCACUUUAGACUCCGACAAUUUAGAUGACAGCCUGACCAGCCUCCAGUGGCUGCAGGAGUUCUCCAUCCUCAACGCCAGCGCGGGACAGCACGCGUCCCCAUCCAGCCUGCACCAUAGCCACCUCGUGGGCCCAGACGCACCCUCUUCGCCUUUAGCAGGAGACCCGGCGUCUAUAGGCAUGCCACUGACCCCUGGGAAACCCACGGCGGCGUCUUUCUGCAGGGUGCCUGCCUUUUCGUCUCUGCCCAGCCUGGUAGCGCAUGGACACUGUCCCGACGAAGUUGAUUAUAAGUCCAACCCGCACAUCAAGCCGCCGUACUCAUACGCGACCCUCAUAUGCAUGGCUAUGCAGGCUAGCAAGAAAACCAAAAUCACACUUUCAUGCAUCUACAAGUGGAUCACGGACAACUUCUGCUACUUCCGCCAUGCAGAUCCCACCUGGCAGAACUCCAUCCGCCACAAUCUGUCCUUGAACAAAUGCUUUAUAAAAGUCCCAAGGCAGAAGGACGAACCGGGCAAAGGCGGAUUCUGGAAAAUCGACCCGCAGUACGCCGAACGUCUCUUAAACGGGGCCUACAAAAAGCGCAGGUUACCUCCAGUGCAGAUCAAUCCAGCUCUCCAGCACCGUCUCAGGAUGAACUCUCAAGCUACAGGAAUAAUCUCCCGAAACCUGAGCGUCAGUCCCGAAUCCCAGCAGCUCCUGAAGGACUUCGAGGAGGCCACCAACGCAGACCAGAACUGGGACCCUCGCUUGGCUGAAGCCACAAUGUUGAGCUGUUGGGUCUCCGGAAAGGGGACCAGCAAACGAAAGCAGCCGUAUAACCACAGGACUGGAAAAACUCCUCGAUGCUCAAGUUCUCCUCUUCUGGUCAUGGACGAACAGGAGGAUUUGAGCUCCCUAAAGGGCAACUUUGACUGGGACGCUCUACUGGAUUCAGCCCUGAAUGGAGAAUUAAGCUUGAAUGAAGGAAGUCCAUUAAGUCUAAUGCCUCAAGACGAAGAGUUGAUGAUUAGAGGAACGCAUAUAAGUCCUCAAGAAGCUCCUGCUGAGAAUCACGUCUUGAUGGAAACUCAGAGAAGCAGCGAUGAAGACUUUGACGAGGAAACUUUUUUGGCUACGGCGUUUUUGCAGAGCCCCUGGUCAGAGGUGGACGAAUCCAACCGUUCCGACUUCCUCGGCAGCUCCACCGUCAGCAUCGAUCAACUCUUCGAUCUUUCUUUCGGAGGGGAUUUAAGCAGUAAAAUCGAGACUCUGCUUUGAAGAGGGUCACGUUUUGGUCCUUUGAGUCAAAGAACUGAGAGGGUUUGCAUCGUCUUGUUUUACCCCCCAAAGAUUCAUUCUGGAUUCCAUGAACUCCACACGAAGAUGUAUUUUUAAAAAGUGUAUCUAUUUCUUAUAUUGAUUUUUAUGAUUGUGUUUUUUUGUAUUUGAAAUAUUAUCUACCUGCAUUGAAGUCUAAUCAAGAUCCUUAGCAUUGUUUUCGGGAAGAUCUGAUUCGGUGGUUGAGCUCCAAUCGAGCGUGACCUGACGGAUAGAUGCGAGCUUUUUAGUUUACAAUUCAAACUUACAUGCAAGUAAAAGAGAUUUAUUGAAGAAGAGAACAGUUUCGACAUCUUGUGGACAAAAUCUGCUUUUCCACUGCGCGGGAUGGUACGGUUCGACAUUCGGUUUGAUGUUCCCUGGCUUAGUUUGCGUUUCCACUACAGUUUAUUUCUGCUUAAAGUGGGCGGGAUUAUCGCUUUAGCUGCGGCGCCUCUACUGCAGUGACAUCAUCGUAAACAAACAUGACAUAAACAAAUGCACUACACAAAACAGAGGCAGUUGAUGCUACUGAUGCAAUAGUGUUCUUGAGCAGCUGACUAUUUAAAUAUCGGAGUCUGUAAGUGUUGUUGUGAUACUGGAACUCGGUAGCAAUUGAUACUGAAAUUUUAAUAACGUCCUGAUAACAUUUGAGCGCUGUUGAGCUCGUUCUUAAACAGCGCUGAUUUGCCAUUGUGGUUACAUACUCAACAGAAAUGACUGUGAUUGGCUGUGAAGGUCAUCAGUUCACCGAACUCACCUCUGUUUACUGAGUGUAACCACAGAUACAGGGACACUGGAGCGUUUUAAAGCCACGUUGAUCAGCCGGUUUGUCUAUAAGCUGACAUAUGAGUGAUCCGCUGAUGAAUCGAGGCUUUAAAAUGCUCCAGUGUCCCUAAACCACGAUUCAUCAGCAGAUUGCUUGUACAUUUCUGCUGAGCGCGUGAACGCAAUGGCAAAUCAGCGCUGUUUAAGAACUGCUCAACAGCACUCAAACGUUAGCGGGAAAUGGCCGCUUUUAAAAUUCCAGUAUCAUGAGAA